AGAAAACUAAAAAAGUUUGCCAGAAUUUUUUUUAAAUUUUUUUUGUUGGGGGGGGGAUACAUUUUCAACACCUACUGCCAACCUUUUUAAUUUUGAAUUUAAAAUAAAACAUUAACAAUAAAAGGUUAGUAUUUUUAGUGCGAUACCUUUUCUACAACUUUUCUUCAGACUUGAUUGAUUUUAAAAGGAAUUUUAGAGGACCUAAAUUUAAUUUAAGAAACAAACUUAGGCCAUACAAGUUACACAUAAAACAUGCAAAAGAAGUCAUGAUUAAAAUUGAAGUUGAAACACGAAACACAAAGACCAUAGGCCCUAGGCCCUAUUUUUGUUUUACUUUAUCCCCCCCCCCAAAAAAAGGAAUAAUUACUUUAAAAUUGGCCUAAGGCCAUGUAAAAUGUGUUUCGUAAAGUCUCCAUCCGUGAAGUGUACAUUUAGGUUCGGUAGGUUGAUAAAAAGUUUGCCAGAAAAAAAAAGGGUUAGGCCUAUGCCCCAAUGGUUUUUUUUUUUUGGGGGGGGGAUACAUUUUGAAAAAAAAUGAUAAUACAAAGGAAAAAGACAGAUGGCCAACAUAACGUAACAUUUCUUUAUGGUUUUCUAGAAAUCAAGGUCCGUAAGCCUAAUGCUUUUUUCUUGGCCAAGGUCUAUUUACAUGUACAUGUAUCUUGUUGAACUGAUACAAUAGCUUUUUUAUCAGAAUUUUGCAUUAUACAUGUAAUAAAGAUAAGUGUUGGUCCCAUGGUUCACUGUGCACAUAAAUUUAAUACAGUUGCAGGGGGCUACAUAACUAGGGAUGCUCCAGUUUUUAUAAGGGGGCACCGAAAGUAAGUGAUAUAGGCCUACAGUCGAUUAUUGUUAAAACACUCUAAUUUUUGGUUAUAGCAAACAUUAAGCUUUCAAAUCGGGGGAGGGGUUACCAAAUAGAACUUUACACCACUGCACAUUUGGACCAAGGUUUUAUACUUGUAAUUAGAAUGUGUAUUAAGAAUAACAAUAGACUGUACUUAGUUGCAGAUGCCAUUUUAUAGUUAUCAAAUUACAUGUUAUUCAAAUUAGGUUUUGCCAUUCUAUAGUGUUUUAAUAAUACGCUUACAUGUUACUCUGAGGCUGGGCCAUGGGGUGCACACAUUUUUCUUGCUUUUUAAAAUUUAACCACAUUUGAAACUUGCUGAAUAAUGACUUCAUGUAACUAGUUAUUGUAUUUAACAGAUUUGCCCAGGUACACAGAUUAUCCAAUAAAAUGCAGUCAGAGCUACACUUCUCCUUAAGCUGCCUCGCACUUAAAAAAAAUUACUUAAUUAAAUUUGCAAAAAAGAAUGUGAUUUGUAACACUUGCUAUCUCUAUAUUUUUCGUUCACACAAACUUGGUUCACAUAACAUCAAUUUUACAUGUUAAGGUGUGCAUGAAAAUGUCAAACAUACACCAUUGACUAUAAAGUGAUCAACUCAUUAUUUAAACAUAUAGAUUUAAUCAAAGUUUUUUUUACAAAAUGUUUUUUCAUUGCACAGAAAAUGCCAAACAUACACCAUUGACUAAAAAUUGAUCAACUCAUUAUUUAAACAUAUAGAUUUAAUCAAAGUUCUUUUACAAAAUGUUUUUUCAUUGCACAGAAAAUGCCAAACAUACACCGUUGACUAAAAAUGGAUCAACUCAUUAUAUAUUAAAAUACAUUUAAUCAGUUCUUUUUACAUAAUGUUUUUUUCAUUGCACAGAAAAUGCCAAACAUACACCAUUGUCUAAAAAUUGAUCAACUCAUUAUUUAUAUAUAUAUACAUUUAAUUGAAGUUCUUUUUACAAAACGUUCUUUCCAUUGCACAGAAAAUGGUGAAGAAGAAGGUGCCCCCGACUGUUUUCAGCUCGGCUACGCAGCAUAAAAAAAGAAAGAAGAAGUACUCCAAGGGGUUCUUGAAGUCUCCGAACAGAGCGGCCAGAGUUCAGAAAGCUGUCCACCAGGUAGUUCAUGAGAAUAUUCCAAUUAAGAGAGCAGCCAGACAAAAUUCAUUGUCUUACGGAUUCCUACACAGAAGGAUAUCCGGUGAUGUAGAUGUGGAAAGCAGAAAUGGCCCACCGACAAUGUUCAGUGUAGAAGAAGAGCGUUCACUGUCUAGGUGGCUCUCUGAAAUGGCCAAGAGGGGCAUGGGGCUUUCCCCUGGAGAGUUCCUCGAUUUUGUCGAGGAAAUUAUUAAGAAGGAAAAGAGUUGCAGAAAUUUCAAGAGUUCCAGGCCAAGUUAUACCUGGUACUACUCCUUCAUGGCCCGAAACUCCGAUGUGGUUGAAAGGCGGAAAGAAGCGAGUUUGGAAUCAUCGAGAAUCAAAGUAACGCAAUCCAAGCUCGACAGGUGGUUUGACAGCUACUAUCAAUUUGUGUCAAGCCUAAAUUUGUUGGACAAACCACACAGGAUAUGGAACGCUGACGAGACGGGCUUUCAGAUGGGCAGUAAGUCAGGGCACGUAAUUGGACCCACCACAUCUGAGUACACAGGUUCACUGCCACAUCUGACCGGGGGAUCCACAAAGCAGAGGCUGACUGUCAUGUAUUGUGGUAAUGCAGAAGGGGAACUUAUGCCGCCAUUUUUUGUUUUCCCCAAACCACGCCCCACAGCAUAUGAUCCCCUGGUCGGAUCAACAAGAGGGUCAGCCGUGACCUACACCAAGAAGGGAUGGAUGAAUGGAGAUACGUUCUCCAAAUUCCUUGAUCAUUUCGAUCGCAAUGCUGGUCCAGAGCGUCCAGUAAUUCUGCUGAUCGAUAGUGCUUCCUGCCACAUUGAUGUCAACACAUUCGAUUACGCGGUCGCUCAUGGCAUCGAAAUAUAUCGCAUCGUCCCCAAUGCAACUCAUCUGAUGCAACCAAUGGAUGUGGGCAUCUUUGGGCCCUUGAAGAGGCAGUGGAAUUUAACUGUCAAGAAAAACACCAGGGAGCAACCUGGGGAUCCAAUCAACAAGGCAACAUUCCCAGCAAAGCUACAUGAAACCGUCCUUGCAUUCUAUAAGCCUCUGACUGUGAUGAACAGCUUCAAGUCUUCGGGGAUUUAUCCCAUCAACAGAGAAGCAAUCUCAAAUGAGAAGCUGAAGCCCUCUUUGACAUUUAAAUCAAAGACACCCCAAGAUGAGCCCUCCACAAGUGUCCCCUCACAAAGAGCUGAUGACGCUUUUCAGGUUUUCAGAUCAGUGUUGGAUGAAGCCACUGUAACAGAAUAUGAGAAGCGGAUGUCCCUUGCAGGUGGUGAUGAUGACGCUGAAAGUCUGCCAUUGUCCCCACGCUUCAGAACGUACAAGCAGCUGAAAAUGAAAACUGGCAUUCCAAGAGAGCUUCCGAAAGUUUCGGCAGUGCAACAAGCGACCGAGUAUAACAUUCCUUGUGGACUGAGCAUGCUUGUUGCAGCAGUGGACCAUGUCACCAGUGAAGAGUGCGCAACUCCUGAAAACACUGUAACUUCUUCACAACCUUGCUCACAAGCAACAAUUUCAAACACCUUGGAAGAUGCACUCACUUUCCCACAAGCUGUCCCAACUGUAUCACGGUCAAGAAGACUUCUGGACUCUUUGCCCGACAACUUGACAUCACCUGACUGCCUGCGAAGAAUGGCUCUGCAUCAACUUGAGAAGGUCAGACACAAGGCGAAGAUGGAGCACAAGGCCAAACAGAGAUACCUGCAGAAAAAGAAAAAGGAGAAUAAAUCUACAAGUACAGGCCUAGGAGAGUAUCCACAGGACCAUGGGCAGGGUGCAGAGACACUAUGUCCAGUUUGCAAUGUAUCCUAUGAAGCCAAUGUUCGGAAGGGUGAUAAUCUGAUGUGGAUACAGUGUGAUGAAUGCCUUGAAUGGAUGCACCAAAAAUGUAUUCCAUCUAGCUUAGCCUAUGACCAAGAAACAGUGGUAGAAGAUACUAAUGCUAAGUUUGUAUGUCACAAAUGUGCAGUUUAAGAAAAUGAAAGCAGAGUAGGCUUUUCUGUUUUUUCCCCACCAAAUAUGCACUCAUUCAGUGGUUCAUUUUAUGUAAUGUAUGUUUAAAGGUAGGGUAGAUCAUAUGUCAUCCAUGCAUGUUUUUCAAUUCAAUACAAAGUUGCCAAGGUAUGUUUUAAUUGCGCCCAAAAUCAGCAUCCAGGACACACUCUCAUUCAGCCGAUCGCAGCUACACGAUGCCACGCACUGAAGCGACAAUUGCACACAUGAGCAUAGCAUCAAUGCUUGCGUCACCACAACCAUUCACAGAUUCACCCAAUUACAACCUAACUACAUGUACUAACAAUUUUUUUUUUUUAAAUGCAUCACUUUACCAGCUUGCUAAAUGGUAUUUCUUUAUUGUUUUCUUCAAAAUGACAGCAAUCCAGAAAAAUAUUUUCACAGGGAAUUAAUUGCCAUCCCCAUAUAAUUUGUAAACCAAGCAAGCUUUUCGACAACAAUUACAUCAGUUACAUUUGUACUUUUUGUAUAACUGCAUAUGAUCUAAUCUACCUUUAAGGUCAAACACUGCCAUCAUGCCAUCAUGGAACUUGGGUCUGUUGUGCAGUGGGGAUAUCAAGCUUGAUACACGCAUAUUUCCCACUUGCCUUGUUCUAGGUAGAAACAAAAACAAAACAAAAAAUAUAAAGUGAUGUCCACAGCCUUUGUUUUCGUCUUCCCUCUUCUUUUUGUUCUAUUCCAAAUUCCAUAGACUUUGUGAAUGGAGUCUCUUGCCAGCAUAAAUAUCACACGUUGUACUUAAGAAUCCAUGCAUACUUUUUCAUUAUUCAUAAUUAAUAUUUUUUAGCAUAACUGAAUUGAAUUUAGUUCAGCUAAUAAAUUUAGUUUUGCUAAAAAAAAAAACUUAUGCAAAAUGAAAAGGUUUCCUCAUCAAUGUUUUGAGAUUGGGACAGGUCAGUUAAUGUCACCUUCACUUCUUUUUCAGCCUGAAGAAUUACAGUUUGGCUGCUGUAGUAGUAGCGGAGUCAACAGCAGUACAGUUGAUAGAGAGUGUAGGGUGAUAAAUUCAGUGAUAAAGGGCUAUCAUUUCUAUCAAAUUAGACCACCUAUGACAACACCCCCAACAUCUCUACCAGUUGACCUGGAAUAUACCAACAUCCAUGAUAUUGAUGCAACUCUUGUGUGGAUUCCACCACUAGAAUCAGUACCAAGGCAUCAGCAUAAAUUAGAAACAGAUGCAAAGAAACACCUACAGUUUCAAGACAUUGCAGGUUUGCCUUUAGGGCAUGCACCAAGGGGACUUGGUGCUGCAUUUAGGAAAAUAAUUGAAUCUGGAGGGAAAAUAUAUGCUCAAGCUACAGGGGAGCCAGUUCAGAGUUAUCCUCCUCGGCCUGCUGUGUUUGAGAAAGGUGGCGGUGCAGUAAUACCAUGUACAUAUAUUGUAGUUGGUGGAAGGUCAGAUUUAGUUGACAUUCUUGUGAAUGCAUUGAAAGCUAUGCCAGAGGGGAAAUGUAUGAAAUUAAUUUCUCAAGAGGGAACAGUGCUUUGGGAUGAAUAAAAUGAAAUACACUUGCAAGUAAUAAAGUGAAUCAACUUCAUUUUUGUUAUAGCAAAGAAGUCAAUUUUACAAUGUAGGGCUGUUUGCUUUAGAAUAAUGUAGUAUUUGAUACUAAUACACUGUAUUUGGGUAUUCUGGUGUUUGACCGAAUAUUCGGAUAUUUGGAAUUGCAACUGGAAUUGCCGGUCAAAACUUUCAUGCAGAGCAUGGCAAUUAAAAUUUGCAUGCGGCGAUCAAUGAGUGUCGAGGGCUUUAAUCUUGUAACAGGAAACAACAGUGAACAGCUGUCGACCAAAAACUUACCAUCAACAAAAAAAGUUGCACCAGACAAUAAAAGGCCACAACUUAUGGGUGUAUGUGCAUAGCUUUUUUUUUUUAAAGAAGAUUCCAAGCAGCAACAAGCUAUUUGACUGUUCUAUUUCCUGUACACUGGAUGUGAUUACUAAUUAAUCAGCAAACAUAAAAAGAAAUACGUUGUUGUGUUGUGUGAGUUGAUUGUACUAUGUAAAUAGGGCCUCUGGUGGAAGACACAACAUGAUGUUUUUUUAUUACGGAGAUAUAGAUUUGUGGAGAACAAAACCUAUGUUGUGUAUGUAUACAUGUAAAUAUAGUGCACUUAGCCUUUGGAAGACACAUUGUGAUGAAUUUUCUAAAUAUCCAGCACAACUUUAAUCCCAUAGAAAGGUACAUGUAAACAAAUUAUGAUGAAUUUUCUGAAUAUGGGACAAAGUGAAGAUUACAAAACUCCUUGUUCAAGUUGUUUGAGAUGAUACGUGUACAUUGAAAAUAUGGCUUUGGAGACGCAUUUUAAUGAAUUUUCUGAGUUAAGGAAUUACAGCGAAUUUUUUGUUGUUGUUUAAGUAGAUAGUAUGUGCAUGUAAAUGUGUACAAUUACAUAUCUUUUAGGCGGUGUCAGGUCAACUUGACCGUUUGCCUACUCGACUCGGACCAACUUGACCGUUGAACCAACUUGACCAUUGUGUGUUCAACUGUAAAAGUCAACUCGACUGUUUACCAACUUGUCCAUUGUCCAAAUCGACCGUUGUGCGUUCAACUGGAAAAGUCAACUAGACUGUUGUCCAACUAAUAAAUAAAAUUAAUCGUUUUUAUACGAGCUUGCAUUUUGGAAAUAUGACAGUUUACUUGGCAAAAUCCAGUGAAACAUUCAGUCAUUUUUAGUGUCAAAUUGUCCUUAUUUUUUAAAAGUCUUAAGUUCUUGAAACCAUAAGUUCUCGAAACCGAACAAAAUGUUUAAUAUCAUUGGAAUCAUAUCAAACGAACAACAGUUUGAUUUUUGAAACAGAUUUAUAUCUCUUAUUACAAAAAAAAAGUUAUGGUUUUCUUUUCCGGUUUGCACUGCACAAGGUCAAAUGUCCUGGCCCCAUCGUGACCUGACAAAUUUCAGACUGCCCGCCGUGACACAUAGGUAAAAUGAAGUUCCAAUCCCGCUUUGCACUACACAGCAACAUGGAACAUGCGUACGCGUAAUCACUGUUUUAGCAUGCCACUUUUGCCAGACAUAUAUAAUUAUUUUCCUUUUUUUUUCAGAGAAAAGAACAGAUGAAUCGCCAAGUACAUAAUAGAUGCAAAAUGUUAUGAUGCAAAAUUGUCCGCAAAACCUGGACGAACUCGUGCUAUAAUAUGAACAAGUAGUAUGCACACCAAAAAUCAAAUCACUCAACCCAAGGUUUAUGUCUAGUUGUACAACAGACGAGUUGGCAAACGAUCGAGUUGAAGUCGAAAGUGAAGUCAAGUUGGUCAACGAACGAGUUGGUUCAACGGUUGAGUUGGUACGACGGUCGAGUUGGUUUGAGUCAAGUUUGCAAACGAUUGACUGUAAUGCUUAAAAUUACUAUUUAGGCUAUCAGCUUUGGUCCAAAAAUUUGGCAACUGUAUCAAAUGAUCAAAAGGAGCAAUGCUCAGCAAUUUUUGGCAAGGUAUGCACAUCUAGAGUUGGAAAAUUUGUCAUAAAUCGAGUGUUGAUUGCAUUUUCUGCCUGCACAGUGAAAAUACAUUACACGCGGUCUUCUUUUUUGUAUGCAAGAAAGCUUAAUUUUGUAUGCAAAAUUUUUCCAAAGCUUACACUAAUAAAAUGAUCAAAAGCUGUAAGAUUGUCUGAGUGAUACGGAUAAUUCACCCUUGCUUAAUAAAUACUCACUUCCUGAAAGUGUUAAUCACCAAUUCCAUUGAAUUUUCGGAUGGUUGUCACUCCAUGACAUUCACACGUUCCAUCCCAUGCAUGUGUGCAAAUUUUUCACCGUGGUCCGCACACAAAAUGAUUUCUCAUCGGGGAAAAUCCCUAAGCACGCAAUACACAGUACAGCAUGCAGCUACCCAAACGAUUUCGUAUGCUGCGUCUGCACAGCCGCGGUUUCCUAAAUAUGAAUAUCGGGACUCCCACAUGUAUAAUAGACCUUUUGAACUGGAUGGUGCAAGACUAUUUACAAUGUUCCAAGUCUCACUAUGUGGCUUCAAACAUACAUUGUAAGUGUAUAAUUAAUCAAACAUUUUAAAUUCUUACUGAUAUUAAUUUGUGAUUAACUUUAUUUCAGUCCUUUCAUUUCUAUUUGUAAGUUCAAAAAAUAACAAUUGUGCCUAGCUUGCAACAUAAGCAAUGGUCGAUUCGUGAAUGAAGCCUAUGGCCCUGAUAUCUGAAGAUAAAUAUUAAUUCAUACAUUCUAAAAUGUGUUUAGCUGAGACACAAAAUAAGCAUGAACAUUGUAUAUAUAUUUUUCCUGAUUUAAAUUUGAAUCCUUUACAAUAACAUGUACAUAAAAUUCAUACUUAGAAAACAAAACUUGUAAAGCUUUUGUGUACUGGCAUGACUAGUACUAGACAAAUAAAUAUAAUGCAGUUCCUCCAUUGUACAACUCAGUGUCCUUGUUCAUUUUCAUAGUGAUAUUGAUAAUGGCUCAGGAAACCAUACAUUUUUUAGUUUGUAAUUGCUUAAAUAGCAAAUUUGUAUAAGGAUUAAGGGGGAUAUUUUAACACUCCCCCCCCCAGUCUUUUGUCAAGACUGCCCCUUUUCCAUUCAAGUGCC